AUGCAUCCUCUUCACCAAACACUGCCUACAACCACCACCCCCACCGCCAUCACCGCCACCCUCCCCACACCACACGAUCCACACGAUGCACCCGCGAUUUCUGUUCCUCCUGGAAUAAGCGUCUCCGCCUUCGGCGCAACCGUAAUUAGAGGAUUAUUCUCCCCACUCGUCCCAGUCAUCCCAGUCGUCCUCGUCCCAUGGAUUUCUUCCCCAAACUCUUCAUUCCUCGAACUAUUUCUCGAACAAUUACUAUUCCGCACCAACCAAGAAGUCGACGAUGCCGAAACAGGUGUACUUGUACUUAUCAAUGUAGGAGGCACCGUCGUCGUCACCGUCUGA